AUGACGGGUGUCAGCUCCAUGCCACGCACCCGAAUGAUGACCGCCGCUACAAAUUGGCCGGUGGAUCCUUUUCGGCCUCAUGUCCAAGUCAGAGUUCUCCUGGAGUCAUUAGCAGACCAUCCACGCCUUACCCCCGAGGCAGUGAAAGCCAUGGAGGGUCUUCGUUCAAACACGAUAAAAAAGAAGUACCCACUCCCGGCGAAGAUCCUCAAGCCGGCAUCGAUGCCGCUCCACUACACCCGCCUCGUGGAGGCGUUUGAGAAGAGCGCGCAGGGCAUCGCGCGCCCGUGGUGGAAAAUAUUCUUCAAUGUCUGGUAG